AUGGAAAAUAUCGGUGUUAAUGACGGCUCUGUUCUUGGUUCCUUUGAAUGGACUGUUACCGAGAUUCCUACGAUGCCUGCGAGUGGUAGCCUCUCAUCAACUCAUCACUUUGUUUCGUUAAAGUUGACCUCCCGGAAUUAUCUAUUAUGGCGGGCUCAGAUGCUUCCGUUUCUUGAAGGCCAAGGGCUUCUAGGGUUUAUUAAUGGUUCUACACCCUUUCCGACGGCAUCGCCGGCGCUGGCAUCAACCGCGGACAGCGCCCCGACGGUGGUUUCCGAUCUCCCAACACGGCAGCUCGCGUGGCGCCUGCAAGACAAAGCCAUCCUCUCCAUGCUCAUCUCCUCUUUAUCCGAGGAGACUCUUCGCUUCGCCGUCGGCAAGGGCACCUCGUGGCAGCUUUGGCAGGUAAUCGAACAAACCCUAGGUUUGUCUACCCGCUCUCGUGCACUCCGGCUUCUCAGCAAACUUCAGGGGCUCCGUCAAGGUGAUUCCUCCAUAUCUGAUUACCUUGGUCGUGCCCAGAUGUUGAUUGAUGAAUUGGAUCUCACCGGUCGUCAUGUUGAGUUGGAUGAUCAGAACUUAUACGUGUUUCGCGGUUUACGCCCGGAGUUCCGACCAUUGGUGGCAACCCUAGCCCGCGGUGCUCCCGUUCCCCUCCCAGAGGUUGCGGAUUUUCUUGUUUCGCAGGAAUGGAUCUGUUUGGAUGACAACGCGGCUCUCGGUGCACCGGCAGCCUUGGCCGUGAGCCGCGGAGGACGCGGUGGUCGCGGUGGCAAUCCGCAGAACCGAGGAGGUGGCGGCCGCGGUAGAGGACGCGGUGGCCGUGGCCGGGGGCGGUCCAACUCGGGCCCUCGGUGUCAACUUUGCAACAAGCAAGGGCAUAUAGCUACGACAUGUUGGCAUCGUUUCACUCCUGAUCCGGAUCCUCAGGCGAAUGUCGCCGUUUAUGGUGUUGAAGGUUCUUUGGAUGACUCUCAUCAGUGA